UAAUCGGCUGAAUGCUGCAACAUCAGUUGGAGUUGAUCAUUCGAAGUAGCUGCAGCACGCGAUACCGUUAUCGCGAGUUAAUUUGUUUUCGAUGGCGCAAAAUGAUAGACGUUUUUUCAGUGUUUUAAAAUUUAUGAGUGAAAAGUGAAUGAGACAAUCAACCAUUGAAAAUAAAUUAUUAGAAUACAAACGGGCAAAUAAAGAAAACGAACAAAUAAACGAAAAAAAAAAACAAAAUAGAGAGACAAGUGUUAAGUGUAGCGGAAGUUCCGGAACAAAUAAACACACACAAACAGAGAGAUGCAUUGUGAAAAGAUUUUCUUCAUCUCCGUGGUUUGCAUCAUCGCAUUUUCAUUGCCGUUGCGUGCUUCUGGCGGUAAUUUGGUUAAACGCAGUCUCAAGGAUACCAUAAAAUGUUACGAAGAUUCCAAAUUCUAUAGAAACCCCGAACGGCCCACCCAUAAAAUGUGGUCAAAUGCUGAAUGCUCGAAAUACUAUCUGUGUUUGGACGGCGAAGUAUUCGAAUUUAAAUGUUCUGUUGGACUUUUAUUCGAUGUAAUGCGUCAGAUAUGCGAUUUCAAGCAAAACGUUGAUAAUUGCGAUGUCACAGCCGAGGCAAAAAUACCAAAGCCGCUAUUAGAAGAAGGCAAUUGUGAAAGCAAUCAACUCGCGUGCGCUGAUGCAACGUGUUUGCCGAAUGAAUACUUUUGCGACGGUUCCAUUGACUGCAGUGAUGGAUCUGAUGAAGGUUGGUGCGAUGUGGAUAAUGAUCCGAAUGCAGCCGAAGCGUGCGAUUUAUCACAGUGUCAACUACCCGAUUGCUUUUGCUCAAAGGACGGAACGCUCAUUCCGGGCCGAUUGGAGCCCAACCAAGUGCCGCAAAUGAUCGUGUUGACAUUCGACGAUGCCAUCAACUUUGAGAAUUGGGAUUUUUUCACCACGAAAUUAUUCACACCAAACCGCAAAAAUCCAAAUGGAUGCCCAAUUAAGGGCACUUUUUUCGUUUCCCAUCAAUUUACCAACUACCAAAUGGUUCAGAAACUGUGGAAUGAUGGCCAUGAGAUUGCAGUGCAUUCAAUAACGCACCGUGGUCCCGAAGAAUGGUGGUCUCGUAAUGCUACGAUCGAAGAUUGGUUCGAUGAAAUGGUUGGCCAAGCGAACAUAAUCAACAAGUUCGCCAAUGUCCGAAUGGAAGAUUUGCGUGGAAUGAGAGUACCAUUUUUGCGUGUCGGUUGGAAUCGUCAGUUUUUGAUGAUGAAAGAAUUUGGAUUUGUCUAUGACUCAUCAAUGGUAGCACCAUUCUCGAAUCCUCCACUCUGGCCAUACACAUUGGACUAUAAGAUGCCACACACAUGCACCGGCAACAAUCAACAUUGUCCGUCGCGAAGCUAUCCUGGCGUAUGGGAAAUGGUAAUGAAUCAAUUAGAAGCAGGCGACUACUACUGUGGUAUGGUUGACUCUUGUCCACCACAUUUCCAUGGUGAAGAUGUCUACCGAAUGCUGUCACACAACUUUAAACGUCAUUAUGCAACGAAUAGAGCUCCAUUUGGCCUUUACUUCCAUGCAACAUGGUUCAAAAAGGCCGAAUAUCUCGAUGCCUUUAUGAGGUUUAUGGAUGACAUCGCCAAAAUGCCGGACGUUUACUUUGUGACAAACCACCAAGCGAUUACUUGGAUGCGAAAUCCCACACCAACAAAUUCACUGAAUCAGUUCGAUUCGUGGAACUGCAAGGGAAAACAAUUUGAGCCAGCUGAAAUCGCUUGUAAUCUUCCGCACACCUGUAAACUCCGAAGUAGAGUGUUGCAACAAGAUCGCUAUUUCUACACAUGCAACGAAUGUCCCGCACAGUAUCCUUGGAUUCGCAACGAAUUCGGUUUAGAUUAAGUUGUUCCAAUCGUUCAAUCGUUCUUAAAAUCGAAAAAAUACAAAAUUUCAUGGUAUAAGUUAGACGUUACGAAUAGGUUCGCAAACAGAGCAAGAAAAAACAUAGAUUUUAUUUCCUUAAUUUA